UCCAGCCGUUUUAUUCCGGCCAAAAAUCUACUUUCCGGCAACCGCCCCAAACGUGUGGGCGGCCAUAUAUUAUAUAAAGCGUCGUAGGGCAGGCAAAGGAAUGUCACGCACUCGACAGAAGGCUGCCGUUGAAACACUCGUCUCUGCGACGCCAUUAAGACUCUAGCAAUGCGCGCACCUUCCUCCUGCGUCUGCGCCCUCCUCGGGUUGUUCCUCAUGGCCAACGUUUUGGGGGCGGCAGAGGGCCAAGAAUUAGGGCUGGGCGAUCUGUUAGGAGGGGGCUUGACUGGCGACGGCCUGGUCCAGGCUCUGACGUCACAGCUCGUCGGACUGUGGGAGACAGGUGACUUGGAAUUCCUGGACCACGUCUGCAGCUUCCAGGUCAAGCCGAAGAUCAAGAGGUGGGAGCUCUACUUCCGCGGGACAAUGUGGUGCCCCGGAUGGACGCCCAUCAGAGGAACCUCUGAGACCCGCAGUCGUUCGUCCGUGGUGAACAGAGCCGUCGCAGACUUCGUCCAGAAGGCGCUGACGUCAGGACUGGUGACUGAGGAAGAAGCCAGGAACUGGCUGAAUCACCAGUGAGUGGCGUCGCCGGGAGGGGCCCCCCCUCCCCCCCUCACGGGGGCAGUCUUAAAAACCGUCUGCCAUGAAAAUCAGAAAGGAAAAAUUCAGUCCUGGAUGAAUCAUUCUAGGCCAUGGGACUCAUGGGAACGGGGAAUGAAAUCAUGAGAGUUAUAUUUUGUAAAUUUGUGACAGAGUGAAUCUAGACACAUGGUUAUAAAGGUGUAAUGAUACACAGUAUAUAUAUUUAUAUAAUAACAAUACAUCAUUUAUGAAAGAGA